GUCAUGGUCAUUUCUUAACCUUGCGUGACCCAAAAUGGCUGCGCCCAUGUUUGUCGGUCGUUGUCGUGUUUCAAACGUAAUAUGGAAAAUUCUAAAGCUUAAAACACACAACUCGAAUGCGUUUGCAAAAACAUCGUGCCGAAAACUCUUUUCAACAAAACCAGCCAUCCAGGAAGUUGUAGGUAAACCGCACUGCAAUGUCGGAACGAUAGGUCAUAUCGAUCACGGUAAAACAACUUUGACAGCCGCAAUAACAAAGGUCUUAUCUGAGCGAGGCGACAACAGUACGAAAUUUAUUAACUACGAUGCCAUUGACAGAGCGCCAGAAGAAAAAUCUCGAGGUAUCACGAUUAAUUCCACGCAUGUUGAAUACGAAUCCGAUCAGAGACAUUACGCGCACACGGACUGUCCGGGACAUCUGGAUUACGUCAAAAACAUGAUCACCGGGACGUCACAAAUGGACGGGGCGGUACUUGUAGUGGCGGCUACCGAUGGGACAAUGCCGCAAACUAGAGAACACUUACUGCUAGCUAAACAGAUUGGCGUUCAAAACAUAGUGGUGUAUAUCAAUAAAUCCGAUUUAGUGGACAACGAACUUUUGGAGCUCGUAGAGUUGGAAGUAAGAGAUUUGUUGACCGAGUAUGGAUACGACGGUUCUAACACAGCCGUUGUCUCUGGGUCAGCCUUGAAUGCACUUCAGGGUGAAAAUGACAGCAGUGGCAAACAGUCCAUAUUGAAUCUCGUUGAAGCCAUUGACAAGCACAUAACCAUACCAGAAAGAGACACGACUGGGCCGUUUUGCUUACCAAUCGAAGGGACGGUUGCUGUUCCUGGCAGAGGCAUGGUUGCUAUAGGAACCGUUCGACAAGGUUCCAUUAAAAAAGGGGAAGACGCAGAGCUGCUCGGGUUUGGUACGCAAAUAAAGACGGCAGCGUCAGAUAUUCAGGUUUUCAGAAAGUCGGUACCGAUGUGUAAAGCCGGGGACAAUGUUGGCGUGUUGCUGCGGGGAAUUAAAAGCGAGUUCGUUCAGCGUGGAAUGUUUCUCUGUGAAUUUGGCAAAUUCAAACAGAGUGAUACUUUCGAAGCUCAGAUAUAUGUUUUGACAAAGGCAGAAGGAGGACGGGUUAAGCCCCUGACUGACAAAUAUAUUCAGAUGAUGUACAGCAACACAUGGAAUAUGUCUGCUUUGGUGAAGCUUCCUGAUGACAAGGCUAUGGUGAUGCCCGGUGACACCACGACCUGCACCAUUCUACUCAGAAAGCCAAUGGUGCUCGACACAGGACAUCGCUUCACGAUCAGAGAAAACAAAAUAACGGCGCUGACUGGGAUCAUCACAAAAACCCUUCCACACCUCGAUCUGAAGAUGUCCGGGUUUAACUACGACAAACAACGGACAUACAGGAUCGAAGGGAAUGCAUGGCUGACAAUGAGAAACAGAGCCAAAAAAUAAAGUGAUUCAGAAGUGUC